AUGGCCCCUUUGCCACCUUCAGCUUAUUUCAGCCUUCUGAGUCCAUCCUUCCUUUGGAAUACCGUGCUGACCGCCGUGAGUCGCCAGGCCAGCUACAGCCAACAGUCCUGCAGGUCUUCCAGUGGGGGCCGUGGCCAGGGCUUCAGUGGCCGCUCAGCCGUGGUGUCGGGCCAGAGCCGGAUCGGCUCCGCCAGGUCCUCCUUGGCCUCCCGCUCAGGGUCGGCUGCCUGCGCCUUGAUGGGAGGAGGCUUCGGGAGCAGGAGUCUCCACAGCCUCGGCGGGAACAAGAAGAUCUCCAUGAGUGUGGCUGGAGGUGGCACCCAGGCUGGCGGGUUUGGGGGGGAGGGGGGAUACUCAAGGGGCGGUGGUUUUGGAGGUAGCGGAAGAGGGACAGGUGGGGGCUUGGGAGGAGGAGCUGGAGGCUUCAGAGGAGGAGCCAGGGGUUUUGGUGGAGGAGCUGUUGGCUUUGGUGGCUCUGGUGGCUUUGGUGUCUCCGGUGGCUUUGGUGGCCCAGGUGGCUUCCCUGGGGGAAUCCAGGAAGUGACCGUCAACCAGAGCCUCCUGCAGCCCCUCAAUGUGGAGAUUGACCCCCAGAUUGGGCAAGUGAAGGCCCAGGAGCGGGAGCAGAUCAAGACCCUCAACAACAAGUUCGCCUCCUUCAUCGACAAGAUGCGGUUCCUGGAGCAGCAGAACAAGGUCCUGGAGACCAAGUGGAGCCUCCUGCAGGAACAGGGCACCGGUUCUAACACCAACAACCAGAACCUGGAGACUUUUUUUGAGAGCUAUAUCAGCAGCCUCAAGGACUUCCUGGGCGGGCUGCACAUGGAGAAGAGCAAGCUGCAGGGGGAGCUGAGGAGCAUGGAGGAGCUGGUGGAGGACUUCAAGAAGAGGUACGAAGAGGAGAUCAACAAGCGCACGGCUGCAGAGAACGACUUUGUCAUCCUGAAGAAGGAUGUUGAUGCUGCCUACAUGACCAAAGUGGAACUGGAGGCCAAGGUGCAGAGCGUGACAGAUGAGAUCAACUUCCUGAGGGCCCUCUAUGAGCAGGAGCUGUCCCAGGUGCAGGCAGACACCAGUGACACGUCCGUGGUCCUGUCCAUGGACAACAACCGGGACCUGGACCUGGACAGCAUCAUUGCCGAGGUCCGUGCCCAGUACGAGGCGAUCGCCCAGAAAAGCAAGGCGGAGGCCGAGGCGCUGUACCACAGCAAGUUGGGAGAGCUGCAGACCACGGCGGGCAGGCACGAGGACCUGAAGAGCACCAAGAGUGAGAUCUCGGAGCUCAACAGGGUGAUCCAGAGGCUGCGGGCCGAGAUCGAGAGCGUCAAGAAGCAGAGCGCCAACCUGCAGACAGCCACCGCGGAUGCAGAGCAGCACGGGGAAGUGGCCCUCCAGGACACCAGUGCCAAGCUUCAGGACCUCAAGGCCGCCCUGCAGCAGGCCAAGGAGGACCUGGCCCGGCUGCUGAAGGAGUACCAGGAGCUGAUGAACGUCAAGCUGGCCCUGGACAUUGAGAUCGCCACCUACCGGACCCUCCUGGAGGGCGAGGAGUGCAGGAUGUCUGGAGAGUGCCAGAGUUCCGUGAGCAUUGGCACCCUGGGAGGAGGCGUCCUCCGAGGAGGGGCAGGCGGCCGCCGGGGCCUGGGCAGCGGGGCCAACGGCGGGGGCCUGGGCUCUGGCCGCGGCUCGGGCGGGAGCUCUGUGGUGCGCGGGGGCUUUUCCAGUUCCCGGGGCUCAUCUGUCCUCAGCGGGGGCAGCGGCAGCAGCUCGAUCCAGGUUUCUCAAAGCUCCUCCCAGAGCCAGUGGUCCCACCAGAAAUUCUGA